UCAUUAUGAAGGCUUGAUAAACGCAAUUAAUUAAAUGAUAUAUGAAUUACUAUGUCUGCCUCUAGGUAUAUGGUUACUGUGCUUUGAAUUUUCUUUUACCAUUUUAAAAUGAGAGUUUCCAGGCAACCUAGUAUUUUAGAUGACAAUAUUAAUUUAGAUCAGUUUUUGAAAAUAUCUAAUUAUGAAGAAACCGUUAGACAAUUGGAUAUAUAUUACGGAAUCGUUAAAAGACAACUGCUUCGUUAUCAGAGCCCAAUUACAGGAUUAUUUCCUAUAUAUUCUACAGAUACUGAAAUUGGAAGUGUACGUGAAAGCGUUUACUGUGCAGCUGCCGUUUGGGGUCUAUAUCAGUCCUACAGACGAAUUGACGAUGACAGAGGUAAAUCUUAUGAGUUGGGGCAAUCAGCUAUCAAAUGUAUGAGAGGCAUAUUGGAAUGUUGGAUAAAACAAGCCAAAAGGAUAGAAUUAUUUAAAAAACAACAAAGUUCGGUGUAUGCUUUACAUGUCAAAUUUCACUUAACUACUGGUGACACUGUGUUUACUGAUGAAGAGUAUCCUCACUUGCAAAUUGAUGUAGUAUCAGUUUAUUUGAUAUUUUUGGUGCAGAUGAUAACUUCUGGCCUUCAGAUAAUUUAUACACAGGAUGAAGUAGCUUUUGUGCAAAAUCUGGUUUAUUAUGUGGAAAGGGCUUACAGGACUCCAGACUUUGGUAUGUGGGAAAGGGGAAGUAAAUAUAACGAUGGUACACCUGAAAUACAUGCUAGUUCUAUUGGUAUGGCUAAGUCAGCUUUGGAGGCAAUCAAUGGUUGUAAUCUCUUUGGAGAAAAGGGGGCUUCUUGGAGUGUAAUUUAUGUUGAUAUAGAUGCCCAUAAUAGAAACAGAAGUAUCUUUGAAACCAUGCUACCCAGAGAGUCUUCAUCUAAGUCUGUAGAUGCAUCUCUUCUUUUAACUAUAUCUUUUCCUGCAUUCGCGACUCACGAAGACGUUUUGUACAAUCAGACAAAGACUAAUGUUUUGAGUAAAUUGAAAGGCACUUGUGGUUUUAAACGUUUCAGUAGGGAUGGAUACAAAACUAUAAUUGAAGAUCCUAAAAAACGUUAUUACAAUGUGGGAGAAAUUAAAAAUUUUGAAAAUGUGGAGUGUGAAUGGCCCUUAUUCUACAUGCUUAUGAUAAUAGAUGGUGUUUUUAAAUCCUCCCCAGAACAAAUAGAAGAAUAUCAAGAUUUACUUAAGGCUAGAAUGUUUAGAGAUUCUUUUGGAGACCCAAUUAUACCAAUGUGUUUUUAUGUUCCCGAAGAUCAAUUAGAACAGGAGCGAAAUGAACCAAAUACGAUUUUAAGGUCGCCCUGCAAGAUACAAGGUCUCUUCCUAUGGAAUCAAGCUAUGUUUGUUUUGGCACAGCUUUUAACUGCAGGGUUGUUACAUAUUAAUGAAUUGGAUCCCAUUCGUAGGUAUUUACCGUCUUACAAUAGACCACGAAAAUGUGGAAGAUACUCAGCCUUUCAGGGCACUGCUACAGACCUGGUCGUCCAAAUAGUGUUGAUAGCGGAAUCAAUGAGAUUGCAAGCAAUGAUGGCUACGUACGGAAUUCAAACGCAGACCCCGCAUGAGGUCGAGCCGGUUCAAAUAUGGUCCUCCACCCAAUUGGUUAAGGUGUACCAGAAUUUAGGCGUUAAUAAAAAAUUAGGACUCGAAGGAAGACCUCUCAGACCUGUCGGCAGUUUAGGAACUAGCAAAGUUUAUAGAGUUUGUGGGAUGACCGUACUCUGUUAUCCCCUCAUAUUUGAGGUGUCCGACUUUUAUUUAUACCGUGACAUGGCUCUUUUGAUCGACGACGUUAAAACCGAACUUCAGUUCGUAGGACGGUAUUGGCGUUUAUCUGGACGACCCACUGUGUGCCUGUUAAUUCGAGAGGAACACAUGAGAGACCCUCAAUUCAAGAAGAUGCUCGAUCUCCUUGCUAUGUUAAAACAAGGUUACUGUGAUGGUGUCAAAGUUAGAAUAGGAAGAUUACAGAACUUAAUUUCCAGCUCUUGCAUGGAACAUUUAGACUUUAUGAAUAUUAUUGACUUACCUGACGACUCGUUUUCCCAUUUCGAGCAGCUGGUUCAUGAUUAUAUUGGUUACCAAAGUUUAACGGACGUACCGAGGCUCUUUCAUUUAAAUGAAGAAUUAAAAGAUCUAAAAGAUUUUGAAAACAAACCCACCGAGGAAAUUAUCAACGAAAUAAAACACAACGAAAGCGUUUACGCAAAGAGUCAAUUGUUUGGGAUAUUGAUGAAAAAAGAAGGCGCAAACUAUAUACUAGACGACAUCACUGUAGAAGAACAUAUAAGAAUGUUGUACCAUAAAGCUGGUAGUGUUGGUAACUGGGCAGCUGUACGUUAUACGAGUAGUUUACUUCACCAUAGCGUCGAUUCCAUUAGUCCUUUCAUUACUGCCGUUUUAGUACAUGGAAAGCAAUUAACUGUAGGUGUUAUAAAUCAAAAGGAGACAGUUUUUGAUAAGCCAAUGACACCUAUUGAGAUUCAGUCUAUAAUUUAUAACACAAUUCAACCGUAUGACGUUAUCCAGGCAGUUUUACAACAAGAAGUUAUACUCUACUGUGGCAGACUUAUAUCAACAAAUCCGGAAUUGUUUCGAGGAAUAUUAAAAAUAAGAGCUGGAUGGUUCAUAGAGGCGAUGAGAAUUUAUUUAAAAAUUACAAAUAGUUCGAAACAGCUGGAGGAACAUAGUCCCUAUGAAAUCAGAUUACUAGUCUAUAAAGUUUUAUCUAUUAAGGAGUGGGCCAAUACAGAAAAUCUAACGCCGUACCAAAGAAGACAGCUGGAGGGUUGUUUAUGUAGAGUACCGGCUUCUUUUUACUAUCAGGUGUGGGACGUUCUCACCCGAACACCCGGCGGAAUCGUGGUAAUGGGGAACUUAAUUCCUCAAAAUCCUACUCUGUCCAAUAUGACUAGGUCCGAAAUAACUUUCGCUUUACUAGUUGAAGAGGCACUAAAUAACAUACAACAGCCCGAAUAUCGACAGUUAAUUGUAGAUUUAUUGGUUGUUGUAUCGACGAUUCUAACAAGAAAUCCUGAACUCAGUUUUAAUGAUUCUUUAGAUUUGCAACAGCUGGUUAAAGAUGCAGCUCAUAUGUAUGCAAAAGAUAAUAAAUUAAACGGCGACGAUAUUACGUAUUUGUUCAACGCAUCUUAUUUGCAAUGCAUCGGUUAUUUGGCAAGAGCAGUUGUUAAUAACGUGCUUAAAGGAGGUGAACUUACAAAAAACGUUGGACAUCCCGCGACGUGCAAAAUUUCGUAAGUUUGUUGUAAUAAAGAUAAUUAUUUGAUAUGUUUGUUUUACCGACAAAUAAUAUACAUAUACUUUAAAAUAAAUAAAAACCUAAUGAAUUUAUAA